AUGGCAGAUGAGCGAAUUGCGUCGCAUUGCCCGGGUCUUAAUAGUGUCGACUUCCUCUUAGGAGCCGAUUAUUGCACCCGCAUAGUAAACUACAAAACCAUUUCUUGCCAAAGUGGAUUGCUUGCUAUUUCAAGCAAGUUUGGGUGGUUGGUAUUUGGACAAGAAAAACGCCCUGGUGCGUCUGGUAUUUUAACCCUUUCUACGGUUAUGGGAGUUGAAUUAUUUCCCGAUGAAAAAGAAAAUGGAAACGAAGACCUGCGUAGAUUUUGGGACCUGGAACACUUUGGUAUUUCCGACCCACACCACGGUGGAAACGAGCCGAAUCCAUUAACUGAAUUUAGCAACUUGAUCACGAGGAGUUCAAGCGGCCGUUACUCGGUACCUCUUCCAUGGCGACCGGACAAAAAGGAUCUACUUAACUCCAAUUACCAUCAGGCCUUGUCCCGAUAUAAACGCCUUCUACGCCACCUCCAAGAGGAUCCGAGUUUAUUUAAAGCCUAUCACCAUCAAAUCCAAGAAUAUAUACGGUCAGGUUAUGUAAGCAGAUUGGGAAGUAGUUCCGAUGGCCAGAUAACGGGACCUGAGUAUUAUCUGCCACAUCGAACUGUAGUUCGCAACGAAGCCAUUACUACAAAAAUCCGGCCUGUUUUCGACGCUUCCGCUCGGGGGGAUCACGACCUCUCCUUAAAUGAUUGUUUGGAGACAGGUGAUAAUUUGAACCCCGAGUUGUUAGAGGUUCUGUUAAGAUUCCGCUGGAACCGCGUAGCCUGGGUGGGGGAUAUCGAAAAGGCCUUCCUUCAAGUGGAAAUAAAUCCCGAAGAUCGAGACGCCCUCCGGUUUAUUUGGACGGACGACGUACCAAUAGGUGGGGAGCAAAUAGAACCCUCUAUUUUCCGGUGGAAUCGUGUCACGUUCGGAUUGUCCCCUAGCCCCUUUUUGUUACGCAUAGUCAUCCGGAAGCAUUUAACCGAGGCCGCUGGAAUUGAUCCUUCCCUAGCUCGCUAUAUAGAAGAAAAUCUGUACAUGGAUGAUCUUCUAGCCGGGUCCCACUCUGUCGAAGAAGCUUCAAAGACCAUCCAGCGCGUCAUCAACGCCUUUAGUGGCGCUUGUAUGAGGUUGACUAAAUGGGUUACAAACGAACCCUCGUUAAAGUUUUCGGUACUCCAAACCGACACCCUUACAUCAAGUAACACCGCCUCUCGUCCUAUCGGAUGUGACGAAAACUCAAAGAUUUUAGGAGUCAUCUGGAAACCGAAUGAAGACUAUUGGACCUUUGACUUGUCCAAAAUAUUAAGCCCGUUGUCCAAUAUUCCGGAGAGCGUUACCAAGAGACAAAUGUUGAGCGUUGAGAGUUGA